AUGGGAGCAUACCGUUCUGUUGGUUGUGUGACAGACUGGAAUCAGACGGAGUACGGCUCUCCGUCUCCGUACGAGCGAGGAGAAGCUGCUCAGGUGCUGCCCAUCAUGCUGCACUUCCUGACCCCUCAGUAUGUCUCCAUCAUUGGGAUCGGCUGUGUGGCUGCUGCCGUCAUGUCCUCCGCAGACUCCACGCUGAUGUCUGCGGCCUCUGUGUUCUCUGCUAACGUCUACAAGAACAUUAUCCGACCACAGGCGUCGGAGAGGGAGCUGCAGUGGGUGAUCCGUGCUGCGGUGGUCGUGGCCGGUGUCAGUGGGACGUUGAUGACCACGUUGAAGAACAGCGGCAUUUUGUUUUGGUUUCUGUCGGCAAACAUUGGCUACAUCGUCAUCUUCCCACAGUUCUUCUGUGUCCUCUUCUUCAACAUCUCCAACGGUUAUGGAGCCAUUAUGGGCUUCCUGGUGGGCUUUCCCUUACGGCUGCUAUGUGGAGAGCCUCUGAUAGGAUUGCCCGCGGUACUACACUUCCCAGGAUGCACUCUGGAGGACGGUGUUUACGUGCAGUACUCUCCCAUUAAGACCAUUUGUAUGUUGGUGACGCUGGCUACAAUGCUGCUCUUCUCCCACCUGGCCUCUGUGCUCUUCAACCGAGGCCUGCUGCCAGAGACUUGGGAUGUGUUCGAAGUCAGAGAACAUGAGUCAAAAGUACAGAGCGGGGAGAUAGACUUUCUCAGUGGGACCCAGGAAACCUUGGAUUUGGACAUUUUGGAUUCAGUGAUGAGAACAUAA